CAGGAGGCGGGGCGGCGGCAGGAAGCUGCCCGAGCGGCGCUCUGAGCGGCCUGAGCCCGGCGGAGCCCUGCAGAGCCCGGCCGACCUCCAUGGGCUGCAGGGGGCUGCACCCGGACCCCUGGGGCGCGGCGCGCCCCUGAAUGCACCGUGGGACGCAGGAGGGUGCCAUGGCCUCCCGGCUCCUGCACCGGCUGCGGCACGCCUUGGCCGGCGACGGCCCCGGGGAGGCGGCGGCCAGUCCAGAGGCCGAGCAGUUUCCGGAGAGCUCAGAGCUGGAGGACGACGACGCCGAGGGCCUGUCCUCCCGACUCAGCGGCACCCUCAGCUUCACCAGCGCCGAGGACGACGAGGACGAGGACGACGAGGAGGCUGGCCCUGACCCGCUGCCCCUCGGGGAUGGGACGUCAGGAGAAGACGCAGAACGGAGCCCCCCACCUGAUGGGCAGCGGGGCAGUCAGCUCCUGGCGCGGCAGCUGCAGGAUUUCUGGAAGAAGUCCCGGAACACCUUGGCACCCCAGCGGCUGCUCUUCGAAGUGACCAGCGCUAACGUUGUCAAGGACCCGCCCUCCAAGUACGUGACAAACCUCAGCUCUACACCCUCGCCGUGAUCAGCCCAGGGCCGCCAGAUUGCCAGCCAGCCCAGAUCUCUCGCCGUUACUCGGACUUUGAGCGGCUGCACCGAAACCUGCAGCGGCAAUUCCGGGGCCCAAUGGCUGCCAUCUCCUUCCCCCGUAAGCGGCUGCGCCGGAAUUUUACUGCAGAGACCAUUGCCCGCCGUAGCCGGGCCUUUGAGCAGUUUUUGGGUCACCUGCAGGCAGUGCCUGAGCUGCGCCAUGCCCCGGACCUGCAGGACUUCUUCGUGCUGCCGGAGCUGCGGCGGGCACAGAGCCUCACCUGUACUGGCCUCUAUCGUGAGGCUCUGGCACUCUGGGCCAAUGCCUGGCAGCUGCAAGCCCAGCUGGGCACCCCCUCUGGCCCAGACCGCCCCCUGCUGACCCUGGCUGGGCUGGCCGUGUGCCACCAGGAGCUGGAAGACCCUGGGGAGGCCCGGGCAUGCUGCGAGAAGGCCCUGCAGCUGCUUGGGGACAAGAGCCUCCACCCUUUGCUGGCACCCUUUCUGGAGGCCCAUGUCCGGCUCUCCUGGCGCCUGGGCCUGGACAAACGUCAGUCAGAGGCUCGGCUCCAAGCCCUGCAGGAGGCAGGCCUUACCCCCACGCCACCCCCCAGUCUCAAAGAAUUGCUCAUCAAGGAGGUGCUGGACUAAUCCUUGCCUAGAUAUAAGGCCACUGUGAGGAGAGGGGCUGCCCCAGAAUGCAGGGGAAGGCCUGAUGAGAACAGAAUAGCUGGGAGGCUGCAGAGGGUGCUGGGAGCCCCUAGAAGUUCCAAAAGAGAAUGUGAAGCAGAUCAAGGAAACUUCUGUUGAGCUAGGCUCAGGAUGAGCUUUGGCUGGGGUUGCCCUUGUGUAGUACAGGGAAGUCUGACACAGCCUCUCCAGCCUACAAACAGCCGGGGGGCUGUGGCACAGGUCGGGGCAAUGUUCCCUUGUUGGUGGGCCCCCAAGCUGGCAAGGCCUCUUGGCUGAAGGCCAGGGACUCUGCCCCUGGAGUCCUGGAGUUAAGGGAUGAAGGCAAGGCUGCAGGUCUGGCCGAGGGGAAUUAAAAGCCAGCCACUCCAGUGGUAUCAGUCUCUUUAUUGGAUGUGAGGGCCAAAAGGGACUGUAACUCCUGUCUCAGGAAUGGGGAUAGAUGGGAGGUUCUUGAAGCCCCAGGCGAAGCUGGUACCUCUGGCUACAGCUUACUCUCUGAGACCUGGGGCUUCACUCGGAUCACGCCCUCCUGGGCACAGGUCACGGCUAGGACUCCAUCCUGACGCCACAGCCGCCCAUGGACCAGCCCCCGAGAGCCACCUGUGGGUGAGGUGAAGGGUGAUGAUGGCCUGCUUCAGAACAGCCAAAUACACUUUUUUUUUUCCUGAAACAGAGUCUCACUAUGUUGCCAGGCUGGUCUCAAGCUCCUGGGUUCAAGGGAUCCUCCCGCCUCAGCCUCCUGAGCAGCUGGGAUUACAGGCGCACAUCACCAUGCCCGACCUCCAAGUGGACUUCUUGCAAAGGGUCUGGCCCAGGGCAGGGCUGCCCCACACAAGGGUGCACUGAGUGUCGUGGCUGCUCCAAGUGCCCCUUCAUGAGCUUAUUAUGGACCGUCAUUGAGGGGUAACUCCUCCUACAGGAACCCCAGUUGACAGUUUAAAAGCACUUUCACACCUCUCCUCGCUUCCUCAAAAAGAUCACAGAGGGAGGAGCUCUGAGAACAGUCUCCUUCAACAGCUUGGCCAAGCAGAACUGCUGUACCUCUGGCCACUUGUGUUAGGAAAACUAUCGGCUCCCUGUAUAAUAAAUCAAGCCAGGUCCUCCAAGUGGUAAUUCAUGAAAAAUAUCCCCACUACCACCACCAAGGGGAAGAAGGGACUCAGAAGAGAGGACUUGAGGCCAUGAGGUCUGGCCUCUUCCCUCCCCAUCUGGAGACUCUUUCUCCCUUGCUGGCUUUGGGCCCAAGUUUGAUGUUUAUGAGGAUGAUUGCUGGUUUCCCUUACACAUAGCAGAGCUCACUCAGUUCUCACAGUAGCCAAAUGAAGCAGUUAUGUGUUGUCCAGUUUUCCAGACCAGGACUGAAAUCCAGAGAGGGUCAGGAAUUUGGCCCCAUGAUGAAGCCAAAUCUGAACCCAUGUCGUCACUUCAAGGUUAUCAAUCUUGGAUUGUGAUGCUAUUGGUACUUGAGAAUACCCCUUAUCUGAGUUUUGUCCUUGGUUUAUCAAGCAAAGCUUUUCUUCAUUUGAAAUGUACUCCCUUGGAAAGGAGGUCAGGGUUCUGAAGCUAGACAUUGAUGAAUGAGUCUUGUUUCUCUCCCCUGCAAGGAAGGUCCAAGCAGGCCCUUAGGGACCACUGAAUGCCCCGAUCCCAAUCAGGUUAAUCAGAAUCACUUAGAGAACUUAAAAAUACAGUUUCCUGGACCUUAUCCAAGACCUACGGAGUCAGAAUCUUUAGGGUGGAAUCAGAAUCUAUUUUGAAAAGGCAUCCCCAAAUGGCAGUCUGAUGGGCUGCGGGUUUGGAUACCACUGCUGUAAUGUAACCCUCUUUGUUUAGAUGAGGAAACUGAGGUUCAGAUGGAAGAUAUGAUUUGCCUAUUGUAAUACAAAGAAUCUGAACUGGU